UGCUGGACUUCAGCCAGUACGUAAACAGCGUGCGCAGCCUUUAAUACCGGGCGUGCCCUCCCGGUCCGUGUCUUUGCAGCUUCCGCGCAGCUCAACGCGGAAAUCCAAACACGGAGCUCCGAAUUCCUGAAAACUUCACGGACUAGAAAUAAGUGUCAUCGCAGGAUUUCACUUGAGAUCCGUAUUCUUCUGACUAGCCAGUAAAGAACACGCCAUGUGGCCAAAUCAAGGUCCUCCUCCUCCAGUAGGGCCGCCAAACCCUGCGUAUCCCCCUGGCUACAACCCUGCAUAUCCUGCUGUCCCUCCACCAGGAGCCUUCCCCCAACCUCCUCCUCCAGGACAUCCACCUGGCCAGUACCCAGCAGGCAUGAACCCAGCCAUGGGGGCUAUGCCUUAUGGAACUCCGGGCCUUCAUCCUUAUCCCACGGCUCCCGGUGGAUAUCCAGCAGUCCCUCCUGCAGGAGUUCCCCCAGGUCCAUACCCUCACUCACCAAAAGGGUGUAACAAGAAGGGCCACCACAAAGGUCAUCAUCAUCAUCAUCAUCAUGGAGGGGUAAAUCCCAUGAUGCCAGGAAUGGCGGGAAUCGGAGUGGGGUUAGUCGGACACAAAGCCCACAAAAAGAUGAAGAAGAAGAUGAAGAAAGCACAUAAAGCACACAAGCAUGGACACCACAAACAUGGCAAGUCGUCUUCCAGCAGCAGCAGCAGCAGCAGCAGCAGUGACUCAGACUGAGGACACCACUUCAACAGAGAGCGUUCACAAAAUGAUGCUUUACAAAAGUGCAGCACAACUAUCAGCUAUAAAAACACACAAACAUUAUUAUUAUCACUAUCAUUAGGAUUUCUGUUUCUACAGUAUUCUGUCUCGCAUGGUCCGUUUACGACACUAGGCUGUUACUGUAAACAUCACCACAGCAUUAAACUGUAUUGGCAAACCACCAUGUCUUAAAAUGAAUGCUCUAAGGGCUUGCGGUAACAGUGUUCUGCAUAAAGUGUUUCUUGUUACUAUUCUGAAAUAGUAAAAAUACUCACACUAGCGUGCAAACGUGGAAAUAAUCAAGAUUGCAGCACUGUGCGGUUACCUGUCUUAAAGUACUACUAUUUUGAAAAAAAUCUAGCAUUUUUGAUUCAGUAAAACAGUAUAUAUAUACAUUAUAGGAGUUGGUUUUCUUGGAAAAAUUAACCUAGAAGAAAAAUUUAGUGAGAUGUUGUUUUUAUUCUUUAUUAUUUGUGUGUUCACUACUGUUCAUGGCCAUAUACACUGUAAUAAUAUGUAAAGUUAAAAUAAAAAGAUUUGUCCAACAAUCA